AUGACAAGGCAAAACCAAAAUGAGUUGGAUGAUCCCACGUCGUCUCUUGAAAGUGUCCAGCCACCUGUGAACGUUGACAUUCCAACUGCCCCAGUAUUGACAGACGUUGCACCUUCGCGGCAGGAUGAAGGGGAUAAGGCCAAAUCGAAAGAAGGACGUAUCCCUAAUUCCAAACCAGGAGCUUUUGAAGUUGAAAAUGAUUCAGGACGGAAGAAAGUGAAUUUGGCACCAGCGGUGGAUCCUCCGCAUCCAACAUCUAGAGAUGUUUCAGCAACAAGAAACUCAACAACGGAUUCUAGGCUGGUUCAAUUGGCACCUGCAGUACAUGACGAGUCCCCUCGAACCAGUUCAAAAGAAAGUAAAAUUCGCAAUACUCCUGCAACAAGCCCUGGGGCUUUUGAAGUCAGGAAAGAGUCCGAAGGAAAAUCUCCAGCCAGGACAAAGGGACUUCGCCAAGCUCCUGCAAUAGGAGCAGAAAUGAAGAAUGGUUCUGAAGCAAAAUCUCGAGCCAGUGAAAAGGGAACCAAAAUUCGCAUUGCACCUGCAACAGACCCUGGAGCUUUUGACGUAAAGAGUGAUUCCGGAGCAAUAUCUGAGUCUAAAACGAAGAAGCUUGCUCUUGCUUCGGGAAAAGCAGAUCUAGCAAUGGAAGGACGACCUGGAGCAUAUUCAGAAACGAGAGACUCUGUUAAUGGUAAGAUGAUUCGAUUGGCACCAGCUGCAGAAAGCGCGGCUUCCAGCACAAGUAAAGGAAAACGAGCAAUGGCCAGCGUUCCUGGCGUAACAGCUCCAGGAGUCUAUGAACAACAAUGUGACUCUGAAGUGAAAAAUGAUGGCGCUGAGAAAUCAAACAAGCUGAACAUGGCGCCGGCAGUUCCACCAUCUCCUUCUAGGGAUCGAAGGCCUACCACAACAAGAGAUUCUUCCGGGCUUCGACUAGCACCUGCUUUCGAUAUUGGAUUUUCCCAACCAGCUACUCCAAGCGGAUCAAUUGAAACCGAUCCUGCAGCAGAUUCUACCCAAAAUCGAUCUGUUACUCGAUCAGUUGAUACUUCGGUGAAUCCGUCGAGAAAUCCAUCACUCGAUCCAUCAAGCAGUACUGGCCCCCAGCAAGAAGAUGACAACGCAGUGAACUUGCUGGAAGCUGAAGUGGCCCCAGAUGUCCAGCAACUGGUGGCCGAGGCCGUGAGGGAAGCCAUUACGAGAAAUCAGUCUUCGCGGCAAAACACGGUAGGGGAAUCAUCCAUUGUUCGUGCAGAAGAACUUUCUGGUGAAGAAGAACAAGCCGAGGAAGUCGUUGAUGAAGAAGAGCAAAAUAGCAAAGCUUUCGAGAAAGAAGACGACGAUGACAAGGAACAGAAGGUUUGUGGUAUGCCACGACGCUUUGUGCUGGUGGCUCUUGGUGCAUGUAUCACUGCAAUCAUCAUUGCAGUAGUCAGUACCACAGGCAGUGGUGGAACUUCUAACAAAGCAGCACCUACCAUGGCACCAAGCCUUUCAUCUGAAAUCCCAUCAUUUGCUCCAUCACCCAUGCCAUCAUUACUUCCAUCGUCAUCUCCAACUUCGGCGCAAUUGUUGAGCUAUGGUGACUUCCUUCUACCAGACAGCAAUAUCUACACCGUGGAUCAGGAUUCUGCCGAGUUUCGGGCCCUAGAAUGGAUUGCCCUGGAAGAUGGCUUGGGAUUGGAGCUGGACUCCAAUGAAUUACGAGAGCGAUAUGCGCUUGCUACUUUCUAUCUAUCGAGUAAUGGCGACGACUGGGACGGAAACAGGAAUUGGAUGACGGAUGUCACCCACUGCCAAUGGGAAAGUAUUGGCUGUACAAAUGGCAGUGUCACUAUUUUUCAAAUGCUGCAGAACAACAUGGUCGGGACUCUGCCGACACAAAUUGGCUACCUUACAAGCCUCGGAAGACUAGUUAUCACCCAGAAUAAAGGCUUGCGUGGUACUAUCCCUUCCGAGAUCGCUUUAUUGACUAGCAUGACCACCCUUGCGCUCACCCAAAAUGAUCUAAGAGGUACAGUGCCGAGGGAGAUUGGACAACUUUCGAGAAUCUGGCUAUUGUCAUUGAGCGAAAACGAAUUGACAGGUGCCAUACCAACAGAAUUGGCUCUCGUGACGGGCCUUCGCGUCUUGAACCUAGGGGUCAAUCCUUUUGGGUUUCCUUUUUUGUCUCCUUUUCCUGUCGAGCUCACCCAGCUUUCUGAUCUGACCAUCUUGGGCCUUGCCUUCUGCUUUCUUCAAGGUACGAUUCCAACCGAAAUCGGAAGAAUGACGAGCCUUGCCACGCUAUUCAUGUAUGGGAACAGUCUCGAAGGACCGAUACCCAGUGAAAUCGGAAAUCUCACGAGACUACAGGCCUUUGAAGUGCCAGACAAUGUCUUGCGCGGUCAGCUGCCGAGUGAAAUUGGUCGUCUCACCAGCAUGUCAAGCAUGACACUCUCGAAUAACUUAUUCGGUGGAAGCAUCCCUAGUGAAAUUGGAAGACUCACUGGGUUGAAACUGCUGAAUAUGCAAUCAUCAACAUUGACAGGUUCCAUCCCCUCGGAAAUGGGAAACCUUGUCGCAUUGACCCAACUAUCUCUUUCCGAUAAUGAACUUGAAGGAACCGUGCCUUUUGAAUUGAAUCAAUUGACGAAUAUUCAUACUGCUGACUUUGACAGCAAUGCUUUUUCUGGAGGUUUGGAGACGACCUUUUGCAAUGUCACCAUGGAAUAUUUUGCGGCAGAUUGUGUGGAACCAACACCCGAGGUAGUAUGCCAAUGCUGUACACAUUGUUGCGACUCAGAUACCGGAGAUUGUGUGCCAGAAGGAGAAGAGUAG